AUGAAGGAGUUCAACGACAAGCCACCAGUGCCAGGAGCCAAGCUCAUUGGAUACGUCGACGACCUCCAAGUGCAUCUUCCACCAGGUUUGGCUAGAAAUAUUCAGGCCAUCGCCACCGUAACCAACUGGAUCCAAGACCACCUGCUGCAAAAAGGCAUUGAGCUCAGCCUCCCGAAAUCGAAAGUCCUUUUCCCAGAAGGAUUAUUCUUCUCCUCUUUGACAAACGACGAACAGCGAGAUUUGACGAAAACGGGUCUCUCGGUUGCUGAAGGUGGUAUGGCCAUUGUUGGAGUCCCAGUAGGGACAGAGUGCUUCCAGAGGAGUUUCGUCACCAACUUCGCCCGCGGUAACCCUGCUGAGUUGAUACGCCGCCUUUCCACACUUGACGACCCGCAAGCGAGCUACCAACUGCUACGUUUGUCUGGCGUUCCACGCUUGUUUCAUCUGCUGAGAACGAUUGCACCGAGCAUUACCAACACUGCCGCAAGAGAACAUGACAACCUGAUGAUAUGGGCAGUAAGCAAGAUCGUUCUCGGCAAAAUGGCAAACACUGUGGGAAUUCCAACCGUGGAAGAGGUACGCGCAAACCCAGAGAAGAGUGAGGUCGACUUCUUCAAAGGUUCAGCUCGGGCACAGGUGCACCUGCCCAUACGUGAAGGGGGGCUUGGAAUUACGAGCAGUGUUCUCAUUCGAGAAUCGGCUUUUGUGGCAGGGCAAGCAUUAGUGUUCUCCAAGGGCUUUCGAUGGAUGAACGGAUGCUACCUGACCUUUAUCGAGAAUCGAUCGGUCGUGUACUGGGGAGUCACGACCGAACUGACUACGAUACAGGCAGACUUUGCAGCGCAGGUGCAUUGUCACCGUGUAUGGAACGGUUGAGCCGACCCCAUUCCCUGGUCUGCGCGAAGACCGGCACCUCAACCUUCCUGCACAAUAGGAUGGUUCGCGUGCUGUUAAAGACAUUACGCGAAUGCCACAUGCCAAUCGCUGUUGAAGACUCUUCCCCAUUUACUACAGGCACUUGUAGGGGAAGAGGGCUCUACAAGAUGGAUUUAGUGAUUCCCCCAGGAUGACACGCAGGAGAUGAAGAAGAGGAACUCUGCACCAAAUCCAUCCUUAUAGAUGUCACAGUCGUCAAUCCAUCUGCUAGGCGAAGUAUCGACAAGUCACUCCAAACGCCAGGAUCCGCCCUCGAAGAUCUAGCUGCAAGUAAGGCAAAACACUAUGCGGGAACUUUCAACCCGUCUAGAUCUACCCUCCUUACUGCUGCUUUUUCGACGUAUGGUGGUCUUGGCAAAGGCACCAAUCGACUUAUCGUAGCUAUCGCCAACCACUUGGCAUACGAAGCCUUUUGCAAAGGGAAUUUCGCCGACGAAACAGCCUUGAUUCGCCUGAAGGCUUUUCAUACGAAUAGGAUUCGGAGACGAUUUACUUUCGAGCUGGCUCGUUUCCUGUCCGUACGAACUCGUGAUGUUUUUAAACGUCAUGGACUGCUCAUGGAUCAAUUUCCACCCCGGCCAAUAGGUUGGGAUUUCGAUAGUAGUACAAACGAAAACGAUCAUCAUGAUGGCGAUGAGGGAAAUUCGAGUGGCAACGAUGAAGGAGGAGGAACAGAGGGAACAAGAGGAGGACAAGACAGAGACCAAGACAGCAGUCGAGAAGGGAAUCAUGGCGUGGAAGAGAGCAAGAGCUUCGAGCCAGAGGACCUCCCGCACAACAAAAGACGGAGAGACAGAAUAGAAGAAGAGCUGCCAAAACGUUUCUGCCAAAAUGACGACGAGAAUAGUGAUUGUAGUAGUGGUGAAAGCAAGAAGAAUGAUAGAGAGAGCACUCCUAAACGAAGUCGAGUGCAGGGUGACAGUCUUAGUAGAC